UUGUCAGUCUGGAAUCAGUGUAAAUCUGAGUUACGCGGUUGGUGUAUGGCGGUGUUGCCCCUGUUGUCUGUACCUGAUCCUCAUCCCAGAAAUACCCGAUCUAGAUGUACAUAAACUGUUGUACAACAUGCCGACAGCUAGCCAGUGUCUGAUUCUCAGCAGCCUGGUUGCACGGAGGCCCCCCAACACCCCCUACGUCCUGAGUGACACACCAGAAGGGGACGGCGAGGAAAAUGCCGCACCCGAAGGAACCGCGGAUCCUGCCAACGCUGUCGUCACGGCUAGUCAGCUCCGCGCCUCUACUCAUAUCACACCCACCUUUGCCCGUACCCCCGAGCGCCCAGCCACUACCCAUGGAGACAGGCAGAGAAGCACCCCCACGUCCCUCAAUGCACGUGUGACUGUUUCCCAUUCAGCUGGCGACCCGGGGCUGCCUGGACCCGACCCAGACAUGCCACACCGGGCCGGGUCUGCAUCCUGGAGCCACCGUGGGUACCCGAUCUCCACCCGGAUCGGGAUAGCCGUUGCCCGGGGCAACAGGAGGUUUGACCGGCAUCGUGAGAUGACAAGCUUCCAGAAACAGUGUAUGGACUCAGUAGAGGGGUCUCUCUCUCCGCGAAGUACUUACGAUGCUAUACCUACUGCGCAGGACCGGGAUUCACACAGACUUCCGGAAUCAUACAUGCGAAACAGGAAGGUAGGCUGGAACACUGACACAACAACUGCCGUCGUCUCAGACACCGGCGUUCAUGGAAACAACGCAGGUUAUUCCGGGUUAAGACGAGCUAACACCAACGUCCUAGACGACGCACGUGCCGUGGCCACGUUCCAGCGACAGGUGGUCCGAUUUGACAGUAACGUGAAGGUGUGUGACCCCCAGGUGAGACUCCAGUCGGGCCUCCCACAGUCACAACCGCUGAUCCAUAUUGUUGACACUGACGUUGCGGCAGCGGCGGCGGCGACAGAUGAUCUCCUAGUGAGCUUGGCGUCCGACGCAGUGCUCGGAUCUGCUGGCCCUGGCGAGGGCGUGGCCGAUCCCGGGGGACAGGGACAGCCCCACUCCUUCCCCAUGAAUAGCCCUAAACUGUUUCUUCCGGUGGCAUGCACGGAUGACCUGCGCGCGCGUUUAUACGAACUGGGGUGGCGACGUCCAAUCAAACCAAAGAGAAAGAAGGAAGAAGCGCCCCCAGCGCCUACUGUAGAUCUGAGUGGUCUCCCUUCGCUGAUGGAUCUUAAGAAGGACCCUAUGCUCCGGAAGGCGAGGAAGUCGCGAGCCCCGCCACUCCAAAGCAAACCCCCGGAGCCGAACCCUAACGCCGUUUGUUUCAGCAUCCUUGGCUCAACGCUGACGCACCAUGAGGUGUGGGCUGCCUUCAAGAAGGACAUCCUGUCCCACCACCCCGAGGUGAGGGUCAAGUCCUUGCAGUUCAUCCCCCGGGCCAUCUUCAUCAAACGACCCAAAGGGGGUGACCCCAUCGAGGACCGGUGGGUCAUCACAUUCUCCUCCGAGUGGUUCAGGAACAGGGUGGCAGGCAUGGACCUCAAGUUCAAAACUGAAGCAGUCCAGCUCCGACGGUACGAUGACGUCGUUAACUGCGAAUACCGACAGUUUACCCGGAUGAACGACUACAUGAAAAUGGUCAGCAUGAAGAAAUAACACACCGGAAGUGAUGUCACUGCACGGACGCCAUUCCAGCCAGAAUGUUAGCUACCCCUGUACAACCAUCUUCCCGAGGGAAGCGUCUCCACUAGCAUAUUAGACUAACAUCUAGUCUCUGAAAUGAACAUAUCGUACAGAAAAAAACAGUUGUUCAGUUAUCUUAAUAAAUAUAUAAUAAAAAG